AAAGAUGGCGCCCGAAUGAAGGACGCUCAAUUAAGAGUAGUCAAGAUCUUGUUAAAACUUGUAUUGUUAAUAAUAUUACAUAUUUCUUAAGAAAUGAGUAAUCUUUCACCAUUUGGAGGUGGUAAGAAUCCACCAUGGGUUCGUAAUGCAGGACAAGGAAUUCAAAAUAUUCAACAACAAAUGUUAGGCCAAGCAAUGGGUAGUAUAGGUGGACAGCCUAUGGUUCAAUAUCAGCAACAAACUCAGCAAGUUUAUCAGCAAAGUUUGGGAUUACAACAGCCCAAUAUAACAAUGGCUUCGAUGGCAACACUUGGUUCUAACUUGCCAUCGGGUAUAGCUGGACAAUUAUAUCCACAAGUUGCUACAGUUUCUUAUCCACCACCAAGAGCAUUAAAUACAAAUGCAUUUCAACCUUCUGUAGCUGGUGUACCACAACAAGUACAACAAAAUGUACCUUCAUCUUCUACCAAACAAAGAGUUUUUACUGGCACAGUUACUCAAGUAUAUGAUAAUUUUGGUUUUGUAGAUGAAGAUGUAUUUUUUCAAACAAAUGCAUGCGUUAAAGGGUCUAAUCCUGUGGUGGGUGACCGUGUACUCGUAGAGGCAUCAUAUAAUCCUUCAAUGCCAUUUAAAUGGAGUGCUACUAGAAUACAAGUGCUCCCUAUGGGAAAUAAUAAUAAUAGCAAUACACAGCAAAGUAAUCAAACUACUCGUCAACAACAGCAGCAACCACAGUCACAACAAAGUCGAGCCUCGGGAACAUACAAUGCUGUUCCCCCACCUGCUGAAAAUGCUAAUAAUAGAUUUACAACUAGUGCAACAAGUGCUAACACGACUAGUAACCGAAAUAAAGUUGGAAGAGUAAGAGAAAGGUCUCCUCGAGAUCGAAAAAACGAAGAGGAAGAAAUUGAAAGAAAAAGACGUCGUGAAGAAAGAAUUAGAGAACGUGAGAAAAAAGAGGAACGUAGUCCAUCAAGAACUAGAAGAAGUAAAUCUCCAAGACCAAGACGACGUACCAGAGUUGUUCCACGUUACAUGGUACAGAUACCAAAAAUAGCACUUGAUUUACCUGAAGCAGAUGUACUUGAGAUAAGAAGACGUUAUCAAAAUAUGUAUAUUCCUAGUGACUUUUUUUCUACUAAUUUUCGAUGGGUUGAUGCCUUUCCACCACAUAUGCCAUUUACUCUUAAUAAACCAUGUUCUUUCCAUGUCAUGCAUAAGGAUGUUGAUCCAUGCACUGAAAAUACAGCAGUACUAGAACCCUCAGAUGCUGAUUAUCUUUUCUCUGCAAAGGUUAUGCUGAUAUCUAUGCCUGCCAUGGAAGAAAUCUAUAAACGAUGUUGUGGUGUAUCUGAAGAUAGAGAUCCAGAUCGCGAUUAUGUGCACCCUACGCGUUUAAUAAAUUUCUUGGUAGGCUUACGAGGUAAAAAUGAAACAAUGGCUAUUGGUGGGCCUUGGAGUCCUUCUUUGGAUGGUCCUAAUCCUGCAAAGGAUCCAUCGGUUUUAAUUAGGACGGCAGUGAGGACUUGUAAAGCGCUUACGGGGAUAGAUCUGUCCAGCUGCACUCAGUGGUAUCGCUUCCUGGAACUCUACUACAGACGUGCAGAAACGACCCACAAGUCAGGGCGAGUGGUGCCCUCUCGCGUUGAAACCGUCAUACUAUUUCUCCCAGAUGUUUGGAGCUGUGUACCCACCAAAUUGGAAUGGGAUGGUCUGCAACUCAGCUAUAAGAAACAACUGGAACGAAAAUUGCUGCGUGCUGCCUGUAGUCCUGACGAUUCGGAUGCUGCCAAUGACACUGAUGAGGCUGCCGUCGCUGAUCAAAAGGAUGAUCCAGUGCCUGAGAAAAAGGACCCCACUCACUAUUCUGAAUUAGAUCCAAAGUCUAUGAAUGUAAACGAAUUACGGCAAGAAUUAGCUGCCCGUAAUUUAAAUUGCAAAGGACUGAAAUCGCAAUUACUUGCAAGGCUUACGAAAACAGUAACAUCCGAACAAGCUAAAGAAGAAGGACGUCAAGAUGACAUAGAAGAAAAUGAAAAAGACGUUUCACCUCCACCGAAAGAAGAGGAUGAUAAGAGAUUUAGAGACAAUAAAGAUGAACAUUCUUUUGAGGUAUCAUUAUUUGCGGAACUUUUUAAUGAGAUGUUAAUGCGAGAUUUUGGAUUCCGAAUUUAUCGAGCGUUGUGUAGUCUUCCUGAAAAACCUAAAGAGAAAGAUGAAGACAAGAAAAAAGAUAAGAAAGAUGAGAAGAGAGACGAGAAAAAAGAUGAUAAGAGAAAGGAUGAUGAAAAAAGAUGCAAUAGGAAAGAUGAAAGAAAAGACGAUAAAAGAAGAGAAGGAAGUAAAGAUAAAAAGGAUGAAAAAGAUGCAAAAUGUAAAACUGAUGACAAGGAUCGAGACAAAGAAAAAAAUGAUGACGACGAUGAUGAUGAGGAAGAUGAAUCUGAUGAUGAUGAUUCAGUUAAAGAUGGUAGAAGAGAUAGGGAAAAAGAUGGAAGAAAGAGAAAAACAAAAUUGUACACACACGAUCCUUAUCUCCUACUAUCUUUCGUUUAUUUCGAUCAAACUCAUUGUGGUUAUAUAUUUGACAAAGAUAUAGAAGAACUUAUUUAUACUUUAGGACUGAAUUUAUCAAGAGCUCAAGUUCGUAAAUUAGUACAAAAGGUUGUAACUAGGGAUUCUUUGCAUUAUCGUAAGUUGACAGAUAAAUCGAGGGAAGAUGACUUAAGAGAGGAAAAAAGAGAUGAAAAGGAAACCGACAAGAGUGAUUCUAUUAAGGCAGAAAAUGAAGAAGAAAUAUUACGUUCAUUAGCGCUUGGAAAUAAAAAAUUAUUGCCAGUUUUUGUUGGAAGUGGACCACCUUCAAAAAGAGCACGAAGGGAAGAUGCCAUUACGGAACAGUCUGAAGAAUCAACUGUACCAGAAGGUUUUGUUAUGUACAAAGGUUCUUUAUUAGAUGUAGAAAAACUCGUUGGCCAAUUAAAAAGGUCAGAAAAAGCUCGGUUGGACACAGAAGAGCGUAUGAUGGAGUUACAACAUGAAUUGUCAAUAGUAAAUGAAAAGUCGACAAAACAGACGAAUAAUAUCAAAGCCCUUUCUGAAGAUUUGAAGGUAUAUAAAGACAAAUUAAGAAAUACGGAUGAAAAGUUUAAAAAAGUAUCGUCUGAAUGUCAGACAUACCUCACAGCGGUAAAAAAUAUGUACCAUAUAGCAGCAAAAAUGAUACAGUCUGACACAAAGAAAGUAGAAAUUGUAGAAAUACAAGAUGAAAAAAUUGGCGAAGUAAAUGGAUCAGAAAUUGAAACUAAAUUUAAAGCAGACACAAGAUGGGGUGACAAUAAGAUUCCAGUAAAAAAAGAAUUCAUAGAAACCGAUAAAGACAAGAAAUGCGACAAUAAAGUAUCAGUUAAAAAAGAAAUAACGGAAAUUGAUAAAGAAAAAAAAUAAAAGAAAUUAUGUCCUUUAUUUAUUGUGGAAGAUGUGAAUGCACCUUUAUCAAAUUCUAAUUCUAUUAGUAACAAAGAAACGGCAAAUGUGCUUAGUGUUAAGCAGCACAGAA